AUGGAUGGACAUGAUUCAGAAGAUCCAAAACAAGGCACUGCUGAUAUGACUGUUUUUGUGCAAAAUCUUCUUCAGCAGAUGCAAACUAGGUUCCAGACAAUGUCCGACUCCAUCAUUUCAAAGAUUGAUGAUAUGGGAGGCCGUAUAAAUGAGUUGGAGCAAAGCAUCAAUGACCUAAGAGCAGAGAUGGGAGUGGAGAGCUCUCCAUCACCCGUGGCCCCUGCUAAGCCAGAGGAAGAAGAGUCAAACAAAGAAGGUUCAGCAUAA